AUGCAGUCUAUCUCCUCAGAAUCGACUUUAUCGACAGGCGAGCCCAAAGCUUCAGCCAUUGAGCUCCUGCAUGACCAUUAUCUUGAGCUUACCCCCGAUGGGAAAUAUGUGCGAUGGUUGCGAGAUCACCCAAGGCAUCCUCGAAAUUGGUCUAGCCUACGAAAGACUUACGAUAUUGUCCUUAUCUGUCUCUUGGAUCUAUUUAUAACAGCAUCCAGUACCGCAGGUUCAGCAGCUGCCGCAGAAGCCAAACAUGAAUACCAUAUCAGCGAAACGCUUUCGAUCUUUAUAUUUGUCACAAUAUUUCUUCUCGGCCAGGUGGUAGGCACCAUCUUAUUUCCCCCGUGGUCGGAGACAUUUGGGCGCAAAAACAUGUAUAUUGUGAGCAGUGGUCUCAGCGCCAUUUGCUGUAUGAUAAUCGGACUCGUCCGUUCAAUGCCGGUCAUUAUCAUCAUGCGCAUCGUCGCCGGGCUUCUUUCCGCGAUCCCUUAUACCAUCAUCGGCGGCAGCAUCGAGGACAUGUUCAACUCGCAUGCUCGAAUAUGGACCAUGUACUAUUGGACAAUUGCUUCAAAUAUUGGGCUCAUUCUUGGACCCAUUAUGAGCAGCUAUAUUAUUGCAGGCCUUGAUUGGCGAUGGAACUUCUAUAUCUUCGCCAUCAUUAUUACUGCAAUUACGGGUGGUCUCUGCUUUAUUCGCGAAUCACGACCUUCCUUGUUGCUGGCCUCCGAAGUGAAACGGGUCACCGAUAUGACUGUGCAACAUAUUCCACCGCCACUCAACCACGACCAUAUCCCGGAUCUCAAUACGUUUUUAAAAGAAGCCCUAUUUCGUCCAGCCCAGCUGUUUUUCCAAGAGCCUAUCAUUUUCGUCAUCGCAAUGAUGAUCUCCAUCGCCAUGUCCCUCAUCUACAUCUUCACUGAAGCCCUCCAACCCAUCUACGAGUCAAUGGGAUUUGCAAAAACCGACGCUUCACUGAUAUUCGUUGCUAUCGGCCUGGGAACUUGCCUCAGCACAUUGACCCGUGUGUUAGACAGCUACAUUCUCAACUAUUUCCGCAGGCAGGGACGCCCAAUUAAGCCAGAAUAUAAGCUUGUCGGGCUAGGACUUGGUGGUCCAUUCUUGGCGAUUGGUCUAUGGUGGUUCGCUUGGACUAUUCCACCUGGGACCCAAACUCCAUGGAUUGUGCCCACACUUUCCCUCGCUCUGGUAGGCUAUGCGCUGACGGAAAUGGAUACCGUGCUGUACGGCUAUAUCUCCGAUGCUUAUCUGAGUUACUCGGCCAGUGCUACCGCUGCUGUUGCAUUCAUGCGAGCGUUGCUGUCGGGUGUCUUUCCGCUGUUCACGACGCAGAUGUUUAACCGGUUGGGGAAUAAUCUUGCUAUGUCUGUGCUUGCCGCUGUGGCAACUGCAUUUUGUAUAGUACCGCCUGUGUUUAUCUUUUAUGGAGAGCGGAUUCGUCGGGCGAGCAAGUUUGCUCGAUAUAGCUGGGAAAUUCAGGAGGAGCUGGGUAAAGAAAAAGAAGAUUGGUAA